CAAGUGUGUGUUUGUGUGUGUUCGUCUCAACGUAGCACGAAAUGUGUCUCCUCUCAGCAAAGACACACUGACGUGAGACGUGUUAGUUAACGGUUCUUUUUGGUAUUGAAAGUUUUGCUUUUGUCGCCUCAAGAUUGUUUCGAUGUUAUACUCUGCAUAUUAACAUUCCGCUUGUAAAACGUAAUAUUUAUUGGCCAAAAGCUGCCGACUUCGUUUCUUCUAAAGAGUGUCCGCUUCCCCUCCCCUCGAUGAAGCGCUGCGAUGCCCUCUGAUUUUAUAUCCCUCCUUAGCUCGGAUCUCGACCUCAAUUCCCCCAAAUCUCUAUACUCAAAAGAGUCGGUAUAUGACCUCCUCCCCAAAGAGCUCCAGCUCCAGCCGCCGUCCACCCAGACAGACACACCCACCAUGAGCCAGAAGAGUGGGGGAGAGGCGGGACCUCCCCCCUCUGCAGCCUUGGCCUCAGAUGCCACCUCUUCCACCUCCAGCCCCUCUGCCUCUUCCUCCUUGGCCAUGGGAGUCCCAUCCACUGGCCCCUCUCCCUCAUCCUCAGACCAUCUCAAGGUUCCCCAGCAUCUCCACUCCACCGGAGGGGAUGGAGCUGAAAUUUCAGAGAUGCAAGGUAUGGAAGGUGCUGUAUCUGCCCCCAGCAGAGGCAACAGUGGCGUAAACACUGCAACAGGAGACAUAGGGCCAGGAGUGUUGUCAGGGCUAGUAGUCCAGCAGCCUCAGAACACCCCAUCAAAAAGGAGGCCUGUGUUAAGUAUAUCCCCGCCACCUGAGGACCUAUUUGACGACAGCCAGAUGUCUUGCCAAGAGGAGCCUACCGUAUCCGGUCCACCUGGUCCAGAUUCAGAGCAUAGCAGCAGCAUGUGGGCUGAUGACUCCGUCUCCAACUUCAGCUUGGUCAGCUCAGUCUCCUACAACGACAACACAGAGGUGCCGCGCAAGUCUAGAAAACGCACCCCUCGCCAGCGCCCUGGCCCCAAGCCUGCCCCUCCGGAGGACAGCAUGGAUGUGUUUGAUGCUGACAGCGCCAAGGCACCUCACUUUGUCCUAUCCCAGCUGGGCACAGACAAGACCAGUGCCAUGGCCAGCUCUCUUGAGUCAGGGACUGCAGUGAAGGGGGGGUCACUGUCUACUCAGUUCCCCCUGAAGAGUGAUGGGAAGGAGCUAAAGAUCCUGGUACAGCCAGAGACCCAGCACAGAGCUCGCUAUCUGACCGAGGGCAGCAGAGGUUCCGUCAAAGACCGCACACAGCAGGGAUUCCCCACUGUCAAGUUGGAGGGCGUGACUGAACCAGUUGUGCUUCAGGUGUUUGUAGCGAAUGAUGCAGGAAGAGUGAAGCCUCAUGGUUUCUACCAGGCAUGCAGAGUGACAGGACGCAACACAACUGCCUGCAAGGAGGUGGACAUAGAGGGCACCACUGUUAUUGAGAUCCCCCUGGAGCCCAGCAGUGACAUGACACUCGCGGUGGACUGUGUAGGAAUUUUGAAACUGCGUAAUGCAGACGUGGAGGCCCGUAUUGGCGUGGCAGGGUCCAAGAAGAAGAGCACGCGUGCCAGGCUGGCAUUCAGAGUGAGCAUCCCCCAACCCGAUGGAUCAGUCCUUACUCUACAGGUCCCCUCAUCACCCAUCCUCUGCACACAGCCAGCAGGAGUGCCAGAGAUCCUGAAGAAGAGUCUUCACAGCUGCUCAGUGAGAGGAGGAGAGGAAGUUUUUAUCAUUGGAAAGAACUUCCUCAAAGGAACCAAAGUUAUUUUUCAGGAGAACGUUGCAGAUGACAGUUCCUGGCAAGCGGAGGCAAAGAUUGACAUGGACCUUUUCCAUCAGAACCAUUUGAUAGUGACCGUCCCUCCGUUCCAUAACCAGUCAAUCACUUCUCCAGUAUCUGUGGGAAUCGUGGUGAUGACCAAUGCUGGUAGAUCACAUGACGCCCAGCCCUUUACCUACACUCCAGACGCAGUCUUACCCACAGCUGACAACUCAAAUGUCCGGACAGUAAAAACAGAGGGACCCUCCCUGGUCAAGACGUGCAUAUUUGAUGGCCAGAUCAAAUCUAUAUCUUCUGAGCGAACUGACUGCUCUGGUCAGCCUUCUAAACGGCAAGAGGACACACCAAUGGAAGUGUCUAGCAAUCCACCAACCACAGAUGUCUUUAAGCCAUCCCCUGACCCUCUCGUCUCAGUGCAGCAGACUCUGGAGCUCAACUCUAGUCCUCAUCCAGGUGGAGAGUCCUUUCAGAGCCCAAUGCCCCUUCAACCUGAAGAUGUGGAGCUUCCCCAGGCACCCCCUGUCUUCCCUAGCCUAGAGUCUCUCAGCACCAUACAAAAGGAAGACAUCGCGCCCACAACCUCUUUCCCAGUGUCGGGAGAUACUACAAUCCCUCCUGUUACACCAGAAGUCCCUCAGCAAUUCCUCAGAGACCCUCAGGACAGUCUGCCUCCUGAGAAUCCAAAUAAUACUGGAGGGGUUGUAGUCUUGGCCAUGUCCCAAAUAGCAGCUCCCUCUCAGCCUCAGCAGUCACAGGUUCCCCUGUUUCCCCAGGAAGGGGUGGCCCAGCUUGAGAGGGCAGUAAGGGAGCUACAGGCUGGUGGCAACACCACACUCCAGCAGGUGUUUGAGGCAGCUGUAGCCCAGCAGCAGCUGAACUCUGUGCUGUACAGCCCCACGCCCUCUGCAGACUCCCUUCAGCAGCACGUCCAGGAGAACAUGAAUAGCCUUAGAUUGGGAACCACAGAUAAUUCACUAUCGACACAACAGCAGCUGCAGAUACAACAGCAACAGCAGAUACAGCAGCAGCAGCAACAACAACAACAACAACAACAAAUACAACAACAGUUUCAACAGCAUCAACAACUGCAGCACUUACAGCAGCAACAGCAGCAAGUUCUUGGCAACAUGCAGCUCCAACAACAAAUUAUAUUACAGCCACAAGACCAACAGCAACUGCAGCAGCAGCAAAUGAUGGAGAAUAUUCAACAGCAACAACAACAGUUGCAACAAAAUCAGCAAGUCCUUAACAACAUCCAACUUCAGGACCAGCAACAACAAAAUCAAAUAAUUACCAAUUUACAACAACAUCAGCUUCAACAACAGCAGCUACAACGGCAGCAACAUCAGCAGCAAAAUCAAGCUUUGAGCAAUUUACAACAGCAACAACAACUGCAAGAGCAGCAGGUCUUGGAUAAUUUACAGCAGCACAUUCAGGCUGAGUUGCUUCAGCCCCAGAUCCACUCCUCCUCGCAAGUACAGCAGCCAGUGUCCCUCCUUCAGGCUGGAGACCUGCUUACCAUUCAGACCAGCUUCCCAACACAGCCUCCAUCCCACACAUCUCCCCCACAACAGCUCUUCCAAUCACCCAGGCCCCUGGCUGAGACACAGGGCUCCCAGCAGCAGGUACAGGCUACCCUGCUCCAGAAUACACUGACCGUUCUGACUAGUGGCAGUCUCAACUCAGAGCAGCAGUCCACAGGGUCAACCCUAUACCUGUCCCCAAAUCCUCAGCCCCAACAACAGCAACAGCAGCAGCUGGCAUUCAUUUCAUCCAUGGAGACUUCUAACAGCCAGCCCCAGUCUGUUGCAAUGUUUCAGAACCAGCCUCAAGCUCAGCUUUCCCAAAUGCAGCAACAGAGUACCCCCAUGGAGCAGCAGCAGUCUCCACAGCAGAAUCAACAACAGCCACCCCAGCUUCCAAUGGGCCAGCAGGGCUCCUUGUUCCAAGGUAUCCCAAACCACUCACAGGCUAACCCUGUCCCCCAGAGCCAGCUUUCCCAACCCCAGCAGACAGGUCUACUCCUCUGCACCACAGAUCUAAACCCCCAGGCUAUUCCCCCAACUAUUCUCUUCAGCACACAGACCCAGGGCCCUUCCCCUAUAGGGAGCCUCAGCGUUGGAAUGCCCCAGCCAGACCCAGCGGAGCCCAUGUCCUUCCAAGACCAGAGCUCCUCAGGCGGCAACUCGACAUCCACUGAGAAUCAACAGCAGAGCCUGUUCCAGGAGCAGCAGCCAAUGCAAUUGGGCCCAAGUUCCAGCAACAUCCAGAGCAGUCAACCUGUGGAACUGUUCACAUCUCUAUCCAGCCUGCAAAGCACUAUUGGCUCACAGGAGCUGAACAACCAGGCUCCAGCCGCUGGCGCAACCAUCUUUGUGGUACAGGGUAGUGUGGGUGUGGUAGCCAACCCUGGCCAGCAGCCCCCAGAGCAGCUUUUCCAGACAACUGUGGGUGGGAAUGUGGCUCCACAAAGACAGGCCAACCUGUUUGUGUUUGGCAUCCAGAAUGACUCACCCCAGCUGCUCAAUUCCUCCGGACCCACCCUGCCGGCUCAGAGCCAGCCCCAGAACUCCAGUCACAUGCAACCUCUGUUGGACCAGCCCAUGGCCCAAGCUGCCUCCUCGAUGCCGGCCACCAUGCACAGCAGCUUACAGAACACCCUUCAGGCACAAAUGCAAUCCAGCUUAGAGAAUGCCAUGCAGACCAGUCUACAGAAUGCAAUGCAGACAAACACACAAACCGCCCUGCAGUCCAGUUUACAGGCAACCAUAGAAACAAGCCUGCCAACUCCAAUGCAGACCAAUCUACAGACACAGAUACAGAGCAGCUUACAGAAUCAAUUGCAGGCAUCAAUAUCUGCAUCGUCCAACAUGGAUAAAAUUGAGGACCUACUGGAAAGCCUACAGAAGCAGUGAUAAAUGUUUGGACCAUAUGGGCACUAAGGAGAGUGAGUGAUAUGUAGCUGAGAGUUAUACAUCAAACAGAAUGUUGGUGUUUUGUGUCCAUGCCAUAAAACUUAGACAAUUUUAAAUAUUUAAGAAUAAAACGCCCCUUUUACCUAUAAACAGCCUCCCUCCCCCAAAUUAUGAGAUCAUGUAAGUCCUUGUUUUUAUGGAAUAUUUAUAAUUAAUUAUAGCCUCCAUACAUCCAUUGUCCUUGAAUUGAUGAGUCCGCCUUGUUGUUACCCCUCUUGCAGGAUCAGAGAGGCCUGUAAUAACUGCUUUAUCCAUCAUUCUCACAAAUGCAGUGUUUUGUUUGUGUUUUAAUAAUGUGAGCCUAAGAGAUGAUGAAGAUGAUGAAAAAAAAACCUACCAGGUUCGGUGGAAGAACUGGAAAGGGAUAAAGAAUGUCAGCAACAGGGAAAUGGGGGAAUAGUAAUGUGAGAUGUCUGUAAGACAUCCAGUCAUAGAGUGAAUAUCAGAUUGCACUUAAGUGUGAGAUAUAGGCUGAAUUUCAUCUUGUAAGUGUGUAAACUCCAAGUGUCUGUGAGGUGCGUUUUUGUCUGUUCGUCAGGUGGAGCAAUAGUGGAAGAUCACCUGAGAUAAAAAUUGGGAUUGAAUAAUAUCACAACCACUCAAAUUUAAACAUCUUUUGCCAUGGAUAAUGUAAGAAUUUUUGCAAUUAAUUAAACUAGGCGCUUGCAUAUGUCAACAAUUGGACGAAAAACUAACAAGAGUAAAGGUCGUUCAAUCAAGUACAUCUGUAGAAAUUUUUGCCUCCAUCAUGUUUGCUGGCAUGGCUGGAGUAUGCACCUAAGCAGACUAUCAGAAGGAGAGUUAAAUAUUGAUAUCAACUCCCCCAAAACGAAAUGAACUUACUCUGGGUAACAAUACAUUUUGGUAUUGCAGGGGGUUCCCCCAUGUGCAGAAAGCGGAGGGACUAUUAAACACUCGCAAAUGAGAUUCAACCUGGUGUAUAAUGCGACUUGGCCUUUCGUUUUGGCACCUCCUAGUGUUUUCAUACGCUUAAGCCUCAUCACUGGGUUUGCAGAAGCUUUCUUGGUGAAAUUUUAAGAAGCAUUCAGCUAUGUAGUGUGUGUAUCUUUUUGUUUUGAAGAAGUUAACCAAUUUAAUGUGGAUAGAGAGAAACUUUCCACUCGUGAAAAUGGAGUGUUGUGUGGUUUUAUAAACAUUUUAUCUCAAGCACUUUAUAACCUCUAGCUAAUCCUUAUAUUCGUCCACAGCUCUCUACUGACCCAGCUGAAUUUGUACUCGGAAAUGUCCAGUUACAAAACAAGAAAAACAUUUUAAAAAAACAUAAAGCAGUUGUCUUUGUAAAGGUAAAUACAUCUUAACCAAGCAUUUUUACAUUUUCUCAUGAAUAUUUUUGAGGUGUAGGACAACUUUGUAUAGAAUGUCUGCUCACUGUUGAAUUCCUCUUUGUAUUCAGUCUCAGUGGUCCAGUCAAGUCUGUCAAAAAAACAGCCAUUCCACUAAAGCAUUGUCAUUUUUCAGUGGUGGAGUGGUAAAGUAUGCCUUUAGUUUGAAAUGAAGGAUUUUCAUCAUAUUGCUAUUUGUACUACUUACUGUUAAAUCUGUCACUUGAGACUGUUUUACCUUGUGUUGUGUUAAAUAUUUAAGUUUUCGUCUGUGUUGGUACCGUGUGCAGGCUGGCGCCAUGUGAAGUUGGCAUCCAGUACCCAUCCCUUGUGUUGUGAACAGGGGGCUCCCUGGUAAAUGAAAUCUCUGUUACAUAGAGGCCGCCAUUUUGAUUCUAUCUGUGGUGCUAUGUGCAGGAGUGAUGGGCACUUCUGAUGUGAUGAUACAGAACAGUUUAUACGUAUAUCAAUAGCACUGACAUUAAUUGUUAGUUUUGAAGCGGAGUUGAGUCUAGAGAGCUGGCUGCUGUUGUGGGGUCAGACUGGAGUGCACCCAGGCGUACCAAAGCUCCUGUUGUGAAUCGCCGUCAUCUUGUCUCAUUCUUGUCCUUGCAAACGCCCUCAUAAUGUUUACUUAUUUGUACUUAUUUAAAUUAUGCAGCUCUUACAUGGAUAGCAAUUCAGCAUGUUGUUUUAAGUACAAGAUUUAUAAAAGAUAUGUAAAGGUACUUUAUUUCAUGGAUCAGUUAAUCCCUCAUUAACAUUUUCACCGAUUUGCUCCAUAACAUUUGUCAUUACAGUACUCUAUUUUUUUUAAUGCAAAAUAACACUGCUGUACUUUCCUACUUAUAUCUACAAUAGUAGCCAAUUUGGCAUAAUCAAAAAGCCAAUUUUUGAGAAUAAUUCAAAUGUUAGAAUAGCAUUUCUCACACAUGCAUUUGUUUACAUUUUCAUAGGCAUACUAUUUUGUCUUGCAGCUGUUAGUGAUCCAUUUUAAAGUAACUUAUCUUUUCUAGAAUUUUGUAUCCAUUUAUCAAAUCAAAAUGUAGAAUAUUUUUGUAAAACUACACUUUCUGGUUUAUGCUCAUAGCACAGAAUAUCAUUGCUGGUAUGUUUUCCUGAAAUGAAAUGAAGUCCAGGUUUAUUGUGAAGAGUAUGACUGAAAAUAGAAAUGGAACUUAGUGGACAUCAAGCAGAUAUCUUGAACUUAAUUCUACAGUUUUAACAUUGACUUUACCCAACCUGUAUAACAUGAUACAUGGGCUAGGUUUGUUGUGUGUGUUGUUUGACUUUGUUUUUGUUUUUUUUUGUCUUUUAAUGUCAUGCAUCUCAAAUGGCACUUUGAUUCAUCCAUUAACUGUAGAUCAGGUUAGAGUGCAGUAGUGAUGUUUCCAAGCAUUCCAUUCCUCUCGGGUGGAGGAGUUUAAGAGCACACGAUGUUGCGGAAGAAGUGCGGAACAGUAUUGCCUCUUAAAGCCAUACCAACACAGAAAGCCGACCUGUGACUUCAGUUUCAUGAAUGUAAAUUUUACCUCAUGGUGUGGACAUAGAGCUUGCUCUACAUCUAACAUCGGACCAAUUACAGUUUCAGAGAACAUAUUUUGAGGCAGAGGGAAUGGGUGGGGUGGCACUAACUGUCAUUUGUAUCUAUGUACAUUUGUCAGAUUAUUUUGUCUUGGAUUGUGGUGUAAUUUCAUGUUUUCACGUCCAGUCAUUUUUCAUUUUGAGCAAUCCGGGAUGCUCAGUCUGACUCUUCAAAUAGCCACUUCCACCUUUACAAAAAAAAAAAAAAACAUACAAAAAAAACCCA